AUGUACCGGGCUCUGUACAGCUUCCGCUCGGCCGAGCCCAACUCGCUGCCCUUCGCCGCCGGGGAGACCUUCCUGCUGCUGGAGCGCAGCAACCAGCACUGGUGGCUCGUCACCCGCGCCGGCUCCGGCGAGACGGGCUACGCGCCGGCCUCCUACCUCCAGCGGCUGCAGGUGCUGGAGCAAGAUGUGGUUCUCCAGUCUAUUGACCGUGCCAUUGAGGCUGUGCAUAAUGCGGCUAUGAAGAAUGGGGGAAAGUACAACCUGGAGCAGAGAGAUGUCCUCCAAAAACUGAUCCAUCACCGGAAGGAGACCGUGUCCCGCAAAGGUCACUCUCCCACCCCGCAGGGGAUGGUUAUGACGCAGUCCUCCAGCGAUCACCAUCUGGAUGUGGCACGGCAGCCCAACGGGGUGUGCCGGACGGGAUAUGAGCGCCAUCACAGUCUUCCAAACACUGAAUUUGAGGAGGAGGAUGAAGGUCUCUAUCAGAUCCCACCACAGCCCCGGCGUGCUGCUCCUAUCACCCCCCCACCUCCAGAGAAACGCAAGAACACACAGAUUGCUGCUCCCAUUAAAAACGCUGUUGAAAUUAUCCCUGGGUCAGCUUCUAGCACCUCCUCUAUAAGCACGACAUCCCUGGAUACCUUGUACACUGCUUCUUCUGCAUCAGAGGCUGCUCUCCCGACGGCCACCUCCAGUCCUGCCAACACCCCACCCCCUGUCCCGAGCCGGAGUGUCCAUACAACGAUAACACGCAAUUUGGACACUGGCUCUGUGGCCCACUCCCGCUAUGGGACUUCCCCAAAGGAUGGGGCCAGCAAAUCUCCCCAGACCAAGAGGGCUGCCCCGGCACCGCCGGCUGAAGGGGGGACUCAGAGGUCCCACACUGUGGAUGGGGAGAAGACUUCUCAGGUGAAGAAAACUGCCCCAGCCCCCCCUGCAAGCCUGGAUGCCUUCAGCUCUCUCUGCCUGGAGGAUAAGAAGGUGGCUGCGGUGGAGCCGGUGCCACCAGAACCCAGCGGUCUGGCUGCAUCCGUGCCCAAGACAAUAGGUGCCGAACUGAUCGAGCUGGUGCGCAGGAACACCCACCUCAGCUAUGAGCUGUCCCGCGUGGCCAUCGGUGUGGUCAUCGGCCACAUCCAGACCUCCAUUCCAGCAACCAGCAGCAUCAUGGAGCAGAUUCUCAUCUCUGUGGUGGAGAGUAAGAAUUUGAGUGCAGGGCUGCCCUCAGGACAGAUCUGCCAUGAUGAGCAGCGGCUGGAGGUGAUCUUCGCAGAUCUGGCCAGGCACAAGGACGAUGCUCAGCAGCGCAGCUGGGCGCUGUACGAGGAUGAGAACGUCAUCUGCUGCUAUCUGGAGGAGCUCCUUCGCAUCCUGACAGAUGCAGACCCAGAAGUUUGCAAGAAAAUGUGCAAGAAGAAUGACUUUGAAUCCGUCCUGUCCCUUGUGGCGUAUUAUCAGAUGGAGCACAGGGUGCCAUUACGGCUGCUGCUGUUGAAGUGCUUUGGAGCCAUGUGCAACUUGGAUGCUGCGGUCAUCUCAACGCUUGUAAACUCUGUGCUGCCAAUGGAGCUAGCCCGGGACAUGCAGACUCACACACAAGAUCAUCAAAAGAUGUGCUACUCUGCACUGGUGCUGGCAAUGAUGUUCUCCAUGGGGGAGCCCCUGCCAUAUCAUCACUAUGAACAUCUCAACUCUCAGUUUGUGCAGUUCCUGCUGGAUGUGAUUGAGGACGGGCUGCCCUCAGACACCACCGACCAGCUGCCUGACUUAUUUGUCAACGUCCUUCUGGCCUUCAAUCUUCACAUUCCAGUUCCAGAACACAGUGUGAUCAUGACUACAAUAAGCAAGCACUCGAAUGUCAAGACUUUCACAGAAAAGCUGCUGCUGCUACUGAACAGGGGAGAUGAUCCAGUUUGUAUCUUCAAGCAUCAGCCUCAGCCGCCGCACUCAGUGCUGAAGUUUCUGCAGGACAUCUUUGCCAGCAAGGAUACGGCCAGCAUCUUCUACCACACGGACAUGAUGGUCCUGAUAGACAUCCUGGUGCGGCAGAUUGCUGAUCUCUCUCCAGGAGAUAAGCUGAGGAUGGAGUAUCUAUCUCUGAUGCACGCCAUCAUCCGCUCCACACCCUAUCUGCAGCACCAGCACCGCCUCUCCGACCUGCAGGGCAUCUUACAGCGCAUCCUGGGGGAGGAGGAGGAGGGCCAGCAGUGCCAGAUGGACAAACUGAUCAUCUUGGAGAUUUAUAAGGAAUUCCCAGAAAUCUCUCCUGGUACCAGCUAACCGCCCCUUGGCUUGGACUGGAGUUUGAACCACUUGGAUUGACGACGUCUCUUGUUGACACUUUCUCCCCAUUCCCUUCCAGUACAGCUCAUACCUUAUAUCCCUCCCUGCGAGGCCUAAGGUUGGGACAGUGUUCACCAGCCCUUUAGAGACGCCAGCGGCAGAAAGGACAAGGGGUGCCCUCGGGGCCUGGUGCUCCAGGGAAGUUGGAGUGGGGUGGGCGCUGGUGCGUGGUUUGCCUGCAAGACUCAGGCAGCAGGUAUUUAGGCAGCUGGUGUUAGCAGG